CUCCGUUAGUUUGUUCAAAGUCUUCCACUUUGCAGCACUGUUCGACAUAUGUUUCGACAUGUUAUGUAUUUAUGUUUUGAAGGGUUCAUUAAAUAGUCUAUUAUUCUGUCAUUACGACAGCAACCUUAUUUAAUAUAAAAAAACAAGAUAUUUCGCACAUCGAUCUUCUUUUAUUUGCAUUAUGUUUAUUAAAAUCAACGUUUUUCUUGAUGAACUAACCUCUCAUAACGAGAGUUAACUCCUACAAUAGAAGCGAUCAUGUGAUUCGGAUAAAAAUUCAUGGCGGUCUUUAAUGUUCUUUUGAAUUUUCACACUUAAUAAAGAUUUAAUGUUACCUUUUUUUAAUUUUCAUUGAUUGUUUUAUUUAUAUUUAUUUAUUAUCGUAUACGUUUCUAUACAAAUUAAAAUAAAAAUUUAUAAAGAAGUGCACUUCUGAUUACUUAUUCAGAAUAUUAUGUAUAAAAUAUAAAAUGUACAGAGAGUAAAUUAAAAGAAACAUGAAAACAUAUAUAUGACAUACGAUGCUUACGUUUCAACAUUCUGCGCCGGAACUCUUGCGCGCGCAUAGUAUUGUUAAUGCUGAACGAAUAUUUGUAUACUGUAACUACAGUGAUUUUUAAUUUAAAAGAAAAAUGAAACUGUUAACACAUAAUAUGUUAACUUCCAAAUGCUUAAAAGGUGUUACUGUAGGUUAUCCUUUAGGGAUCAUCGCAAAAGAUAUCAAGGUAUCAGAAGUAGACUUCAACUCAGAAUUUAUAGCAAGGAUCAUACCAAAAUUAGACUGGAUAACUUUGUGGAAAGCUGCAGAGAGUAUUGGACAUGUUGGUGAACUUCCUCAAAACUUAAUAGAAGAUUAUGAGAAAAAUGAAGACUUCUUAAAAAAAGUACACCAUGUGCUAUUAGAAGUAGAAGUUAUAAAUGGAGACUUAUUAUGUCCAGAAUCUGGUAGAAAAUUUCCCAUUAAUGAUGGGAUACCAAACAUGCUUUUGAAUGAAGACGAAGUUUAAAUUUUAUAAGAAAAUUUAUAAGUCAUAAAAUCAUACAUCAAGACAUGUAUAAAAUUCUUGUAUAUUAUCAUAAAUACUGAUAUUUGCAAAUAGAGUAUAAUCUUUAUGUAUUCAAAUGUUAUGAUUAAGAGUUCUAUAUAGAGCAUUGUGUUUCACAUUUUUAUGAUUUAAUUUUUUCUAUUUUUUAUAAUUAUAAUUAUAAAUGUAGGUAAUAUUUUUUAUAUUGUAUUAAAAUUAUGAUAUAAGAAGAUACAUUUUAAUGGAACAUAUACAUCUGGAACUAUUACAGUUUUUAUUAAAUUUAUUAGAGAUAAUAAAUAAAUUCAAUUGUUUUAUUGCACAGAUAUGUAUAGAUACACGAAAUACAAUUUUGUUGUCACUUGCAAUAUUUAAUACAUAUACCAUUAUUGCUAGUUAAAAGUUUACUAUUUUUUAUUUAUAAAUAUUAAUUAUUUAAAUCUUUGAAUAAUCUACUAGGAAUGUGAUAUAGGCACAUUCAUUUUUUUCUCUUUAUAAAAGUAAGAUCAUAUUAAACUUUAUGAAUUAUAAAGAAUACAUUCAAAUUAGAGAUUUUGAUGAAAAUACAUAAAUUCAUUUUACUACUUUCAAAUAUUUGAUAAGAUCUGUAGUCUGUUAGAAAUACCACACUUAUAAACGGAAAAAUACAUAAGUAAUUUAAUUACUUAUUCAGAUACUAAUUAUUGAAGAAAACAAUAUCAUUAUUGAUUAAAAUUUAUCUUGUAAAUGCAUAAAAUAUGUUCUCAAUAACUAAUGUAAAGAUUAUAAGAGAGAGAGAGAGAGAGAGAGAGAGAGAGAGAGAGAGAGAGAGAGAGAGAGAGAGAGAGAGAGAGAGAGAGAGAGAGAGAGAGAGAGAGAGAGAGAGAGAGAGA